CAGUGCGAUCGCAUCGCCAGACUAGUAUAUACAGCGACUUCAAUUCCACCUGACAAGGCUAAUCACUGAAAGAUAGUGUCAGACUAAUCGCAUUUGGAUGCAAAAGAUACGCAUCAGCCCAGUAAUUAAGAGGCCCAACUCACCAAAAUCUUCCAUAAUCUUCAGUGGGUAAUAAUAAUCACGCACGCUCAACAUGCAUGCUAAUUUAAAACUAUAACCAAGCGCUAUAAAUAACCACGUUACUCACUUCCGACCAUCACUCACUUCAUCAAGCUUGCUUGCUUCUUCCACUGGAGUGGCAAUCUAGCAUCGCCUCGCCAUGGCUUCCACCAAGCUGAUCCUGUCCGCUGCCCUCGUCGUCCUCCUAAGCGUGGGGCUGUCCAGCGCCAUUAGGGUAGUGAACCACGCCGCCACCGCCGACGGCCAAGGCAGUGGAGGAGGAGGCGGCGGCGGGACCGGCAACAGCCAGGCCUCCGGCUAUGGGUCCGGCGAUGGCACCGCCGAGGCGUACGACCAGGACAACUACGCCUAUGGCUCCGGAGGCGGUGGCGGCGGUGGCCGUUGGCGAGGCCGCGACAAGUCCGCGGCUGGUUCCGGAGCUGGCGGCGCGUCCGGCUCGGGCCACGGAGACUCGAGUACCACGGACGCCGGCGGGUCUUCAACCAACGCGAAUGGCCAAGGAGGCGGUGGUGGCGCUGGGGGGAGCGAUGGCAAUGGCAGCGGCUCCGGCUACAGCGAUGGAAGCGGGUCAGGGGUAGGUGAGAACUAUGCACCGUAUGGUUCGAGCUACGCGAGCAGCGGAGGGGGCGGGGGUGGCGACGGUGGCGGCCGCAACGGUGGGUUUGCCGCUGGUUCUGGAGGUGGAUCAGGGAGCAGCAGCGGUGAAUCAACCCCUUAACUAGAGGCGAGCUCAUUUCACUUGGCUCCAAAUAAUACGGCUGGCCAGCUAGCUCUGGCCACUGCCUAAUGUUGUUCCAUUAUGUCUAGUGCAUGUGUCAAUGUGUGACACGUAUUGUAUGUUUCUUGGGACAAUGGUUAAGCUGUAAUAUUUGGAUUUUCUAGUACUAAAAGCCAGGCCAGUGGCCUAGUUUCUGAAGAGAAUAAUGUUAUUGAAUCAAUAAAGAAAACUCAUAGCAAAUCCUCCUAGUCCGAAAAACGCUUACCCGAGAUGCUUUUGCAAAGAAUCUCAUAUCUGAGAUGGUUGUAUUU